CGUCCGUUGGGUUCUUCCUCGUGGACUUGCUCCUCCUACUCCUUGUGUGGUUUCGUGGAAGUCGCCCGCAGCUCCUCCGUCCGCCGCCUCCCGAGAUCUUUUCCGCAGCUCGGUCGCCUCUCCAUCGAUUCAUCGCCGCGUUGACUUCCUUCGCUUCUCCCUUCGGUCUAUGUAGCCCUUUGCUCCACCGGUUUAUCCACCACCUCGGGGUUCCCAAGAUUCUCGCAGCUGUAGUUCUCGAUUCCUUUUACCUCCUUCGAUUUCGCUUCUUUGACGUGUUCUUGCGAGAUUAGGGGCUGAGAAUUGCACAAUCCAUGGCCUUUUACAAGAGAUCUCGGACGGCGAGAGUCGCCCUGCCGUUGCGGCGGGUGCUCCCUUUGGUCCUUGUAGUCCUCGCCUCCGUGCUGUUCGUGGUCUUCAUGCUUAAGAAUCGAGCUGUCGCCGGUCCCUCCUCUUUCUCCUUCGCGAACCUGGAAAACCCUGCAACUAUUUUAGCGGAUCCUAGUUUCAAGCUCAAGCUGCCGAAGCAGACCCUCCUCUCUGUCUCCUUGGAUCAGCGAAACAGAUUGCCCCCCAGGAACACGGAUCUCUUCCCCACCCUGGCCAAAGACCAUACAAAGAUUGUCCUUUACGUCCACAACCGCCCCCGGUACCUCCGGGCGGUCGUCCGGAGCCUCGCCGGCGUGGAGGGCAUCGGCGAGACGCUGCUGAUCGUGAGCCACGAUGGAUACUUCCCCGAGAUGGACGGCAUCGUCCGGGGCAUCCGGUUCUGCCAGGUGAAGCAGAUUUUUGCGCCCUACUCGCCGCACCUGUUCCCCGACAGCUUCCCGGGCGUCUCCCUGGGCGAUUGCCACGACAAGGACGACCCCGCUGCGAAGAAGUGCAACGGGACGGCUGACCAGUACGGCAACCACCGGUCGCCGAGGAUAGUGUCGCUGAAGCACCACUGGUGGUGGAUGAUGAACACUGUGUGGGAUGGGAUGGAGGAGACCAGGGGAUUCGACGGUCACAUUCUUUUCAUCGAGGAGGACCAUUACAUCUACCCGAAUGCUUACCGGAACCUUCAGCUGCUCGUAGGAGUAAAGCCCACGAAAUGCCCCGAGUGCUACGCUACCAACUUGGCCCCGUCUGAUGUGAACUUUAAGGGAGAAGCGACGGAUAUGCUGAUAGCUGAGAAGAUUGGCAAUAUGGGUUACGCCUUCAACAGGACUGUUUGGAGAAAGAUACAUGCUAAGGCGAAGGAGUUCUGCUCCUUUGAUGAGUAUAACUGGGACAUUACGAUGUGGGCUACUGUCUACCCUUCGUUUGGAGCCCCUGUUUACACUCUGAGAGGUCCCCGGACAAGUGCCGCCCACUUUGGGAAAUGCGGACUGCAUCAGGGGCAAGGGAAGAUUGGCGCGUGCAUUGACAAUGGCAAAGCAAGCUUUCAGCUAGACGAGAUCGAUAAAAUUCUUAACAUAAAGCCGGAUUGGCAGGUGCACAUCAUCAAGAAGCAGAGUGGUUACCAAGCAGGUUUUAAGGGUUGGGGAGGCUGGGGUGAUUGGAGGGACCGAGAGCUUUGUUUGAGUUUUGCUUACAUGUAUCAUGUCGUGUAAGCAGAUGAACUCUGGCAUCCUGAGAUUUUCCAAGCUCUUGAGAGCAUCAUGUUUUAUCCAUGCUGUGUCUGAUUUAUACACAGAUUUAUUGAGAAGGAUUUGCAGGGCAAGUCUGUUUUUGCCAAUGGACUAUGGAGAAGUGAUUUCUUUAAUCAUUGAAAAGUAGUGAUAUAUGAUUAAGGCAACUGACUAAAAUGAGGAGCAGAAGCAACUGCUUGGGAGAAAGGCCCUCUGUUGAGAGCAGUUAGCAAAUAUUUUGUAUGACAUGGAUCCGGUCAGCAUUGAUCAAAGCAGGUUCUAGCAGACUUCUUGUGGAGCACUCUUCAUCUCGUACCACAGCACUCUUCAUCUUGCACCACUAGCUGAAGGAUCAAUUACACUCCAGAUCAUUCCCAGAAUGGAAUUUAUAGGGACUGCAAUGCAGAUUGUUCCUCUUGAAUUCAGAUUCAUCCAUCCAACACAGGGAAUCCAAGAGGCUUUGUGCAGCAGAUGUUCCACUACACUUCAGAGAAGGCCUUGGUCUUUAUGCCAUCCAAAGCUGAGUUUCCCUCCAUUACCAUACAGGUAGGAGAAGAUCUUUCUUCAUCGGCUCGGUUCUGAUAGAACUGAACUUAUGGUUCAUCAUCAAACAAGCACUCUUCUUAUGCCACAAGCCUUUCUCAUAUGAUUGUGUUAUCUCUAAGACUCCUUAUCUGCCUGGAGAUGGUUCAAUUUGAUGUGCUGUUGUUGUAAAUAGCUUUUCUAUAAUGUCCAGUGAGGAUGUCAAAUAAAGGUCUGUUCUUCCAUAUGUGAAAACAUUCAUUUGACUGUAAGCCUAGUGUUCUCCUUCAGCUGAUGUGCAAGUCUCAUUCUGCAUCAGCUAUAAUUGAUCUAUUUUUUUCUCAGAUAUUCUUGUUUAGUGGUCUCCACCAACAGCUCUUCAAUUGGAGACCUUAAUAAGAGUUUUCUUUAAUGAGA